CACAGUCACAAUGGGUAAAGCGAAGAAGGCUCUGGACGAUUUCAUCGACAACAUCCCUGACAGUAAGCUCACGGGAAUACAUCAGGGCGCGGGCACUCUUCACACGGACACGGACUUUCGUCUGGAUUUACAGGGGAUGACUUCUGGGACUCCAAAGAUGUACAACCUUCAGAUUCAGAUUAACCGUGGUACACAGCUCAGCACCCUGAAGAAGUUCAGCCCUGGCACGGUCUCGACUGUUCUCGCUCCUAUCGAUCCAGCGAUGUCUGCUGCCGAUAUCAAAGCGUCCUUCAGGCGUAAUGCUAAGAUUUGAAGAAACCUCCAUUUCUAGACCUUUAGUUUCAUUAUCCGCAGCCUGCAAGUAACCCAAAGUGCGCUGUUCCCUGUUCUACCAGUGACCGACACUGUUUCACUUGUAACGGCUUGUUUGUGUCUCGAGGUCGGGGUGUGUGCAUCAUUCAUUCGUCUUCCACCCCUCAAUCACAUUUCCUGUGUACUCAAUCUAGACUGAGUAAACACAUUUCGCUGUUGGGAAAUUUCCUUGGAAGCUUUGGCCGUAUCAGGUUUGCUUCGACAAGGAUUUCGCGCAUUUCGGGUCUUCAAAGGAGACAGCGUGUGUUCUUCUCCACUUAUGCGCUAUAGUCGGGAGAUACUGUUCCUGCGGGAAACGAGUCGUCAUCCCCCGGGCCUAUCAUUUUUGACGCUUUCUCAAGCAGGAAAACUGCAAACUUUAGCCUCUCAGAAUUGUUCUUUUCGUGCUUCACAUGCGAUAGGAGCAUAGAACGACAAGGCCUGGGAUGCUCCCUAUGCUGAAGCGAUGCUAAUCUCAGCUAU